AUGGCGCGCCUGGGACGCACUGGCUUCUUAGCCGUUGCAGUUAUAUUCCAUUUAUUCUACCUUUACUCAAUAUUUGACAUCUACUUCGUUUCACCAAUUGUCUAUGGCAUGCGACAAUAUUCCGUCGAUGCCGCAGCACCGGCAAAACGAUUAUUCCUAGUCGUCGGUGAUGGCCUCCGAGCGGAUAAAUGUUUCCAGAAACACACUGAUCCAGAUGAUCCGUCGGUUUCGGCACAUCUCGCUCCAUUUGUACGUUCUCGAGUACUCACAGCUGGUACCUUUGGUGUUUCACAUACCCGUGUACCAACAGAAUCACGACCUGGACACGUCGCCCUGAUCGCGGGGUUGUAUGAGGAUGUGAGCGCUGUCACAACGGGAUGGAAGAUGAAUCCAGUUGGGUUCGAUUCUGUCUUUAAUAGGAGUCGGCACACAUGGAGUUGGGGGUCCCCAGAUAUCUUGCCCAUGUUCAAACAUGGUGCCAGUGAUCAAGAUAGGGUUGAUGCAUACACUUAUGACGAGGAAAUGGAGGAUUUUACUGCUGACGCAACAAACCUGGAUAUCUGGGUCUUUGACCGUGUCCAAGAACUCUUUGAAUCGGCGCUCACGAAUUCGACACUCUACGACAUGCUCCACCAAGACAAACUGGUUUUUUUUCUACAUCUGCUAGGUCUUGAUACAACCGGACACUCCUAUAGACCAUACAGCCCUGAGUAUCUUCGCAACAUUAAAGUCGUCGAUGACGGUUUGGAGCGAAUUCACAAACUAGUCAACGACUUUUAUAAGCACGAUGACCAGACCGCAUGGGUAUUCACAGCCGAUCACGGCAUGAGCGAUUGGGGUUCUCAUGGCGAUGGCCACCCCGAUAACACCCGCACACCGCUCGUAGUCUGGGGUUCCGGCGUACGAAAACCUCUACCGCCACCAACAAAUGCGCCGACAGGUCAUGAAGACGGCUUCUCGGCGGAUUGGGACCUGAAUGCGGUGCGAAGAGUGGAUGUUGCCCAAGCGGAUGUUGCAGCGUUGAUGGCGUAUCUGGUCGGACUGGAGUGGCCGGUUCACUCGGUGGGGGAGCUGCCGCUAGAGUAUCUAGAUGCCGAGCCAGUGGUGAAAGCGGAGGCGGCAUGGACUAAUGCUAAGCAGAUCUUGGAGAUGUAUAGGGUAAAGGAAGAGGUAAAGAAAAACACUAUGAUCAAAUAUAAACCCUUUGCAGCUUUUGGAGAGGGUUCACAGUCGCUUGAAUCCCGCUUUAUGCAGAUUCGUCUUCUCAUCGACAACCACAAAUACGUUGAGUCAAUUGCCAAAUCUCAAGAACUAAUUAAACUUGGGCUUGAGGGUCUCAGAUAUCUCCAAACCUACGAUUGGCUAUUUUUGCGUACCCUUGUGACACUUGGGUAUCUUGGCUGGAUUGCAUUCGCGUUCACGACUGUGAUCGACCUUCAUGUGUUGCACUCCAAGACUGAGCAUUCAAGAACAGUCACGAGCACUUUGUUUUUUUCAAGUGUGUUCGUUGUGCUAUAUAGCGUACUUGUGAUGCAAAGAAGUAACUGGACAUACUACGCAUAUGCGUUUUUCCCAGUUGCCUUCUGGGAAGAGGUCUUCGCGAGGCGGAAGGGAUUGUUCCAAGGAGGCAAGAUGCUUGUAAAACAUCUUAACGGAUUCUCGGGAGUUGUGGGGUUGAUUCUCGAGGCCGUUGUUUUCUUGGGAGUACUGGAAGCUAUGGUCUGGGGUUAUUUCCGACGAGAGGUAUUUACCGCUUGCUUUUGCCUCGCCGCAUUUUGGCCUAUGUCAUACGGUUCCGGUUUUGUCCGACAAAACGGGCUUCUGGUGACGGGUUGGGCCAUCUGCUGUGGGUUGAUGAGCACCUUCACAUUACUCCCUGUACUGAAACAGGAUAGUGAGAACCUUAUAUUACUUGGGGGAGGACUCAUGUUCGGGUUGGGAUUACUGUAUAUUAUGUUUGGCGAGUGUAUAGGAGGCGGUGUACAAGAUUGGAUCUCAAAAAGUAUUUUAGGUCUGCAGGUCGGGUUGAUUGGACUCGCUAUGAUCGUCACGCAGUCAAGUGUCAGAUCUUUACAGGCGAAACAGGGUCUUCCGUUGGGGAACCAAGUUGUGGGGUGGAGUGUGCUUGUUUUAUCGAUCACGGUCCCGUUCCUGCAUGGGAUCCGACCGCAGAGUUAUUAUUUCCAUAGACUGGUUGUGAUAUUCCUCACAUUCUCGCCGAUGUUUGUCGUUCUCACGAUAUCGUACGAGGGUCUCUUCUACGUUGUGUUUUGCCUUACCCUUGUGGCAUGGGUACGUCUUGAGCACAAGAUCUACCUCCACUCUCAUCGCCCUACCAGCACUCCCAUGGCCGACGAAUGGCGCUCAUUGACCCUCGCUGAUUCCCGCGUGGCGCUGUUCUUCUUUUUCCUGAUCCAAAUCGCCUUCUUCGGCACUGGAAAUAUCGCCUCCGUCUCUUCUUUCUCGUUGGACAGCGUCUAUCGUCUUAUCCCCGUCUUUAGUCCCUUCGCCAUGGGCGCACUCCUAAUACUGAAGCUUCUCAUCCCAUUCGCUGUCAUCUCUGCCAAUUUGGGUGUGUUAAACCGCCGUAUUGGUGUAGCACCGAGUGCGCUGUUUAUGGUUGUUAUGGCGAUUAGCGAUGUGCUCACGCUGAACUUCUUUUAUAUGGUUAAAGACGAAGGUAGCUGGCUGGAUAUCGGAACGACGAUCAGUCACUUUUUUAUAUGCGGGCUUUUGGGUGUGUUUGUGAGCGCCUUGGAGUUCCUUAGUGAAGUAUUUGUUGGAGGUGUUAGCAUGGAUGGUGGAGAGGAUAAAAAUAAGGUGCAGUAG